GCAUUUCUAAAGAGUGUUCAAAACACUCUAGGGUCUCCUGUUUUUCUUUCCUUGAACUUGGUUCGGUGGUGCAGAGGGACCCACCGCUUGGUCCUACCUGCUCCUUUUCCACAAGAAAGAGAGAAAAAUGAAACAUCCAACUCUCUCAUUUCUGGUGCUGUUCUUUGCUUUGGAAAUAUGGAGUUUUGACUUGCUCAUUGAAGACAUCCCGGAGGAUCUGGAAGAGUUGCUUGACUUUGAGUUGGAUGGAUUCCCUUCACGACGGGUACAGAGAAAUGGCAGAUACCGGAGAAGCACAUCCAAUACCGACGAUUCGGAAGAAGCGGUGAAAGGAGAUGACAACAUAAUUCUUUAUAGCUACAAGGUCCAAUCGGUCGUUAUGUCUCGACUGGCCAAUACGAUGGUCCAAAGCAAAGUGGCAAAUAAUGCCAAACAUCCUCAGAACCUGGUCUUUGAUGUCCAGAUCCCCAAAGGGGCCUUCAUUCACAACUUCACCAUGAACGUCAAUGGCAUCACAUUCACGAGCUCGAUUAAAGAAAAAUCUGAAGCCAGAAGCCAAUACGCACAAGCCAGAGCCAGAGGCAAAACAGCUGGAAUAUUGAGGAGCAAUGCCCUUGAUAUGGAGAACUUCAAAGCUGAACUCAAUGUGCCUGGAGGAACCAAAGUCCAGUUUGAAAUCCAUUACCAAGAGCCGAUCCGGAGGAAAUUAUCAUCUUAUGAGCAUGUUAUCCCCUUGCAACCUGGCCGGCUGGCUAAACACCUAGAGGUAGACGUCCGCAUCAUUGAGCCUCAAGGGAUUAAUUUUGUUUAUGCACCCAACUCCCUUGGAGACGACUUUGCAGAUGUUACCAUUGUCAGCAAAGGAGAAAAAAAGGCCCGCGUAUCCUUCAAACCGCCAGUGGCCCUGCAACGGAAGUGCCCCACAUGCUCCUCUACUGCGAUCGAUGGCAAUUUUGUGGUAGCCUACGAUGUAAACAGAGAUACCAAAGCUGGAGAACUGGAGAUUUUCAAUGGUUAUUUCAUCCACUAUUUUGCUCCUGAAAAUCUGGACCCUCUGCCCAAAAAUAUCCUCUUUGUGAUUGAUGUCAGCGGCUCCAUGUGGGGGUUGAAAAUGAGACAAACUGUCGAAGCAAUGAAGACUAUCCUGGGGGACCUUCGCUCCGAUGACCAAUUUUCCAUCCUCGACUUCAACCACAACGUGCGAACCUGGAGAGACAGUUUAGUGCAGGCCUCCAAAUCAGAGACCGAAGCAGCCAAGAAGUAUGUGGAGAGAAUCCACCCCAAUGGAGGGACAAAUAUUAACGAUGCCCUCCUCCGAGCCAUCUUUAUUUUAAAUGAAGCCAACAAAGUAGGAAUGUUGGAUCCAAACUCUGUGUCCAUGAUUGUUCUGGUGUCAGAUGGAGACCCAACUGUGGGAGAACUUAAGCUGCCUACAAUUCAAAAGAAUGUGAAGAAACACAUCCAAGAUGACAUCUCGUUGUUCUGCCUUGGCAUCGGCUUUGAUGUGGACUACGAUUUCCUGAAGAGAUUGUCCACUGAAAACAAUGGAAUGGCGCAAAGGAUUUUUGGAAACCAGGAAACCUCUUCUCAAAUGAAGAAAUUCUACAACCAAAUCUCCACCCCGCUUCUGAAAAGAGUAGAGUUCAACUAUCCCCAUGGCAUGGUAUCCGAUGUCACUCACAACAGCUUCCAAAACUAUUUUGGAGGAUCGGAGAUUGUGGUAGCAGGAAAAGUCGACACAGAUAGUGCACAGCACUUGCAGAGUGUUAUCACCGCCACUGCCUCCAAUGCAGAGUUAGUCAUGGAGACCUUAGCAGAUUCUGAGGGUCUGGAUGAAUUCCUGAGGCAAGAUAAGCAUGCGGAUCCCAGAUUUACAGAAAAGUUGUGGGCCUACCUUACCGUCAACCAGCUUAUGGCUGAGAGGAAUCUGGCCUCGACAGCUGCCCUAAAAAGGAAUAUCACUAAGCGGAUCUUGCAGAUGUCCCUGGACCAUCACAUUGUGACCCCGUACACAGCAAUGUUGAUCGAGAGCCCAAAUGGAGAUGAACUGAUGCUGGCCGACUCGCCUCGGGACAACAAACGGGCCUGCUGUCCAGGUGCUUUAGCCAUCGGCCACCCAAAGCCUGAAAAUUCCAUCCCGCUUUGGGCCAAGUCCACAUCAAUGCCGAACGAACCAUUAAGCCUCGUUAAGGGACCAACUGCAGCAGCCAUACACGCUGGCUCCUUAAUUAUUGGCCAAGCAGUGACUGACAAUUCCAUCCCCUCUUGGGUGAGGCCCACCGCGAAACCAGGGGGUCCUUUAGCUGUGGUCAUGGGUCCAACUCUUUCUGCCAUUCACGCAGGACCUUUACUUUUAGGGCAACCCCAGCCUGAUAAUUCUUCUACGUCUGUUGGCAAACUCACAAAGAAACCAGCUGGCAGCGGAAUACAUUCAGUGGACAACGAUCCUCAUUUUAUCAUCAACCUACCCAGGCAACAGAAAAACAUCUGCUUCAAUAUAGAUCCCAGUCCUGGUGCGAUCCUGAACUUGGUUUCAGAUGCUGAGUUGGGCAUUGUUGUGAAUGGGCAACUUGUUGGGGCCAAGCAGGCCGUAUACGAAAAGAUGCAAACCUAUUUUGGCAAGAUUGGGUUUGAUUUCAAGAAGAAAGGGGUAAAGGUUGAGGUGAGCACGGAGGCCAUCACCCUGAAGGACAGCUCCUCCAACACUUCCCUUUCCUGGUCUGACACAGGGAGGAUCAUUCACAAAAGAUUACUCAUCGUUGUGAACAGAAACAACAAUGUCACCAUCACUGUUAAUGGGAACACGUCCUUCAUCGUUUUGCUUCACCGAGUGUGGAAGAAACAUCCAGUCAACGUUGACUUCCUGGGCAUUUACAUCCCCCCUACAAACAACUUCUCGUCCAGUAUCCAUGGACUUAUAGGGCAGUUCAUACUCGAACCUGCUGUAUAUAUCUACAACGAACGGCCGGGACGAGAUCCAGAGAAACCUGAAGCCACCAUGGAAGUGAAAGGCCACAAGCUUACUGUUACUUGGGGAUUCCAGAAGGACUAUCGCCAGAACCGUGUGUCCGGGACUCGUGUUCAGUGCUGGUUUGUGCACAACAGUGGGAAAGGCUUCCUCGACGGCCGCUACGAAGAUUACCUCGUCCCUACUUUAUACAGCUUUCUGAUGCGGCCCUAAUCAGGAUUAGGAAACUGUGCACCCCUGAGCAACCAAGCCCCCUCCCCAGUCCACGCAGCUUUGCAUUAAUUCACUGGUAGACUGGGUAGAAAAGCUUUCCCCAUAGACAAGCGCAGGCAGGCAUGCUUAGAUCCAGCCCACAGACCUUGUGCUUUGCCUGUUCCUGCCAUCAUGAAGCUGUCUUUCCCCUCCAAAACUUUACCCAACACACGCCUGUCAAGAUAUAGAAUUAUUCUCGAUAGCGUCAACAGAGCCCGAGGUAAGGGAGGGGAAGGAGGCAGAAAAAUAGUGACACACACCACUGUUCACUUUUAAACUUUAUAAAAUACAGUUCUGUUUACUGGACAAAAACCACCUUUUGAAAUAUAAUUUAAACAA